CUCUCUCCCCUCCUCUCUCUCUAUCCCCCCCCUUAUCCCCCCCCCUCCCCUCUCUCUCUCUACAUUGUACACAGAUCUGACCCAACAAGGUGUCCUGCAUUUACCUAUUCCCACUGCCGUUGUAUGUCCGCAGUCUCUGAUCAUCUCCUGUACUAUGUCCGCAGUCUCUGGUCAUCUCAUGUACUAUGUCUGCAGUCUCUGGUCAUCUCAUGUACUAUGUCUGCAGUCUCUGGUCAUCUCAUGUACUAUGUCUGCAGUCUCUGGUCAUCUCCUGUACUAUGUCCACAGUCUAUGGUCAUCUCCUGUACUAUGUCCGCAGUCUAUGGU